UCAUGCCUCCCCUUAUAGGGCCCCUCGCCACUGUUUUGCUCCAGCUUGUCGUCUUCAUAUCUGUGACUGGUGGUGCGUACUACGGACACAUGCAACACCCUCAGCCAUACCAGCCAAUGCACCACCUUCAGCACAUUAAUAUGGGCAAGGGAGGUUUUCCUCAGCAACAGUACCUUGGCAAAGAAGUGCCCUACAUGCAGUUUCCACACUACAGGAAGGAGCUUCCCCAGAUGCCCCUCAAAGGCAAAGAAAAUCCUCGGAAAGGGGGAAACUACAAUGCUGGCAAAGACAAAGGUCUAACAAUUCCUAGUGCAGUAGAAGGAGCUGCCCUGGGAGAACAAGGCCCAGCUGGACCACCUGGACCAGAGGGACCUCCAGGACCUCCUGGGCCUCCAGGAGAUGGUCUGCCUGGUCCUGAAGGCCAACUGGGACCUCCAGGUCCACCAGGAUUGCCUGGAAUAGGGAAACUAGGCUUACCUGGAGUGCCAGGAAAACCAGGUGUAAUUGGUGAGCCUGGGCCACAGGGACAAAUGGGACCAAGAGGUGAAGAAGGCCCCACUGGUCAACCAGGUCCUCAGGGACCAUUGGGCCCACCUGGGCUUCCUGGAAUAGGUAAACCAGGGAUGCAGGGAUUACCAGGACAACCAGGUGGCAAAGGAGAACCAGGUCACAAGGGCCUGCCAGGACUGCCGGGAUUACCGGGACCAAAAGGAGACAAAGGACUGGGCCUGCCAGGACAGCCUGGUCACAAAGGACUUCCUGGGCCCCCUGGACCAACUGGCCCAAGAGGGCUGCCAGGUUUUGGAAAACCAGGGUUGAAUGGCUUGCCAGGUCCACAAGGGCCACCAGGACAUAAAGGACAUCCUGGAGAAUCUGGGAUUCCUGGGCCAGCUGGGAAAGGAGGACCACCUGGCCCACCAGGUCUACCUGGUCAAGGAAAGCCAGGUCAAAAUGGUCUGCCUGGAGAACCAGGAAAGACAGGUGAAAAGGGCCCUCCAGGACCACCAGGAUUGCCAGGUAAACCAGGACUUCCAGGAUUUGGUAAACAAGGACUUUCAGGACCAAAAGGCGAUAAAGGAAUGAAUGGACCACCUGGACCUCCAGGACUUAAAGGAGAUAAGGGCCAUGACGGAUUACCUGGAAUGCUUGGAUCUCCUGGACCAAGUGGUCCACCAGGUCCUCCAGGACCGAUUGGACGACCUGGAAGCGGAGGUGCACCUGGUGCUAAAGGAGAUUGUGGAGACGGAGGACCUAAAGGGCUGGAUGGAGCCAAAGGUGACCUUGGUCCUCCAGGGCUACCUGGUAAGACUGGUCUAACUGGGGAAAUUGGGGAACCAGGUCCUAGAGGUCAACCUGGAUCAAAUGGUCCUAAAGGUGCUGAUGGGUAUAAAGGUCUACCUGGUAUUGCUGGUCCCCCCGGAACUCCUGGUUUAAGAGGAGUGGCUGGAUUACCUGGGGAAAAGGGUAUUCAAGGACCUCAAGGAAUCCCUGGAAUAGAUGGUACAGCUGGACCAAUGGGAUCUCCAGGUCCCACGGGACCUAAAGGAGAAAAUGGACUACCUGGUCCACCAGGCACUGCAGUCAUUUCGAGUCCAGGCCUGCCUGGUCCUGCAGGACCCCAAGGAAGAGAGGGACCAUCUGGACUCCCAGGACAGCCAGGUCAACCUGGUCCACCUGGACCACCCGGACCACCUGGUGAACCUGUUUUUUCUCCAGAAAUGGCUGGGGUUCUUUCUGAGAUGGGACCAGGACUAGAUGGUGUUAAAGCUGGAAGUUAUGGCAAAAAGAGCAAAUACGGUGGUUAUGGGGCUGAAGUAAUGGGUUCCAGUGGGCUUGAAAUGCCAGCAUUUACGGCUGUAGCAUCCACUCCCUUCCCACCUGUGGGGAGUCCGGUUGUUUUUGAUAAGCUGUUGUACAAUGGCCGCCAAAACUACAAUCCUCAGACAGGAAUCUUCACCUGUGACAUCCCCGGCAUUUACUACUUUGUCUACCACAUUCAUUGCAAGGGAGAGAACGUGUGGGUGGCUUUGAUGAGAAACAAUGAGCCUGUGAUGUAUACAUACGAUGAAUACAAAAAAGGUACCUUAGACCAAGCCUCUGGAAGUGCAGUCCUGCCUCUCCAACCUGGGGACACUGUGUAUAUUCAAAUGCCAUCAGAUCAAGCCUCAGGACUUUAUGCUGGACAGUAUGUGCAAUCCUCCUUUACUGGGUAUUUGCUCUAUCCAAUGUAAAGUCACAUACUUUAUGAGCAAGGAAAGGGGGAAGCUUUUCGUUGAAUAAUGAAUGAUGGUAUUAUAACUUAUCUUAGACUGAGCAUUCCUUAAUAUAAAGUAAAAAAAACAACAAAAAAACGUUGCUCUCGUCAACGGAGAUGAAAGCACAGAAUUUGUACUGUAUAACCUGAAAAUCAAUUCAAGUGGGAGACCUAAGACUUGUUUUUUUUUUCUUUUUUCUAAUAAACAUAAACAUGGAGUGUAUUAACAAGAUAGUAAGAUUAACUCCUCUCUGUUCAUUACACUGUUACAGCUAGUCAACGUCAGUCCCUGUACAACAUCAAAAUUGGCAUCUAGCAGGUAAUGUGGAAAAAACCCCCACUAUAACAAUGUGCACCAAUUCUGACAGUAAAUUGUUAUUUAUUACUACAUCUAUACUUCCUGCCUCUUGGGGUAUUAAUGCAAAAAUCUAAAUACAGAUAAUUUUCUAUUUUAUUUUCGUCUGUCAUUAAAGUUAUCCUGUAUUAUUGUGCAGGCUGAAAAUGUCUCGGUUCUGGGGAAAAAAAAUUGAAUAGAAAAAUUCAGUGAGAAGAACACAAGGGCUAACUAACUACAUGACUGUAAAACAAUAUGUAUGAAGGAACUGACUAUAUUUAUACAAGUGUAUGUUGAUUAUUCUACUCUUGCGUAGAAGAACACAAACCUUAGACGGUAAAGACGAACAUGACAGCUUUACAAGGAAUAUUGAGCUUUUAUGGAGGAGAUUAGAAAACAAUGUAAUGUUAUUUUUGUUUUGAAUUGUUUGCUGAUAAUUUUGUGAAUCUGCUGCUGUGAAAAACCCAUAAACUCUAGACACAUUAUUGCUCUGAUCUAUAAAGCCACUCAACAGACUACAAGAGACCAUUUCACCACAAUGAAUAACAAUGACAUAAAAUAUUGUUACAAGUACCAUACAAGUAUACUAUUCUUGUUUGCAAGCAACUUUUAGUGAGGAAUGGUAUUCAUUCAGUUUUUUAAAGAACAUUAAUUCUUAAGAAAAAUGUGAUGUUUUUAAUUGUCCCUCUAUGGGAAGGCUCAUCUCUUUUGGGAAUAAUAACUUUGUUUGGGCUACUUAAUUUUGUUUGACUGAAAUGAAUGUUUCUUUUUUUUAUUUAACAGGUUUAAUUCAAAAUUCACUGUUUCAAAACUAGGAUGUAGGACACAAUUUCAUAUUAGAAGCACAUCAUUCACAAUCCAUUUCCCAUAUAAUGGAUUAUGAUGAAAAAAUAAAGUAUGAUGAGUUUAAAAGGAGUCCCUGUAAUCGAAUUGUGUUGGUGUUUAAACUUUGUUGUGACCAUUUAAAAAAAAAAAA